AUGUUCCAGUGCAUUAUCCAGCAGAGAAAUGGUUGGAUUCACACCUACAACACCGAAAAUAAAGACGUGUUCCCAGAUAUUCGGUUACAGCUGAACGAGCAGCUAAGAUGCCUGGAUGUCCGCAUGGAACAGCAAGUCUCACUUCUCACGGAAAUCCAGGAUUUCUUCCGAAAAAGAGGCGAACUGGAAUUGGACUAUUCGAAAAAUCUCGACAAGCUAGCGAAAACUUUGCUUCUCCGGCAUAAGGAACAGAAACAAAAGCGGGAACAAUGGUCUUUAUUUUCGAGCUACACAUGCUGGCAGCAAUUGGUCGCUCAAACGAAGAAUUUGAGCAAAGAUCACGCCGCCCUUUCGGAGGUGUAUUCGAAUCAUUUGGUUAAUCGACUUUCGCAAGUUAUGGAAGAUGUACAGCGAAUUUACAAGCGAUGUCGAGAAAUUGGCUACGAAACGCACGAGGAAAUCCUGCGAGUUUUACAGGAACUCCAUACAACUAUGAAAACAUAUCAGAGCUACCAGGCCGAACUUCGGCAAGCAGAAACUAAAUUAAGAACUGCCGAACUUCAAAGGAGCAAGUUAGAGCAGACUUUCUCGCAGGAUAAGUUGGAACGCUCCAAGAAAUACAAGCUGAUGGAGAAGGAAGUAACGAAGAGGCGAAACAAGUACACCGAUGUGAAACUCAAAACGCUUAAAGCAAAAAACGAAUAUUUAUUGUGUUUGGAAGCUGCAAAUACAACUAUCCACAAGUAUUUCAUAGAUGACUUAUCUGAUUUAAUCGAUUGCAUGGAUUUUGGAUUCCACAACUGCAUUUCACGAGCUUUAAUGAUGCACAUAACGGCGGAAGAAGGCAGACAGAAAUCCGUUCAUAACGAUUUGGAAUCGUUAUCAACGUGCUUAAACUCGUUAGAUUCCCGAUUAGAUAAGCAGAAAUUUUUAGAAUUUAACCAUACGGCAUUUAUGAUUCCCAAGAAAUUGGAAUUUCAACGACAGAAGACUGAUGAAUCACCAGAGCCUGCGAUUCAAAGCAUACUGCACCAAGAGAUGGACUGCAGACUCAGGCAACUCCAGCAAAGGGUGACCUCUCUUCGAGCGGAAUCCGAGGAAGUGUGGAAGACAUUGGAGACCGCCGAAAGCACGCUUUUAGAAAUGCUAAGUGCCAAGGAUUACGAUUGCAGCAGUUAUUUCGGCGAGAACUCGUUACCCGCCAACAAACCUCCGGAGACUGUGUCGAUCAAACUGCGAGCAGAUCGUCAAGAGACUGAAGAAUUUUAUCUCACCAAAUUCCGCGAAUACCUCUUGGGUUCGACGAAAAUAGCUCGAUUGGAGGCGAAACAGGAAUUCCUGAGGCAGUCUUUGCUCGCGGAAGGACCGGACGUUUACAACUCCAUGAAACCCGUCGUCAAAACGCCGAAGCGGAAGAGAAUCGGCAGGAUGCAAAUGAGCGGGCAGCCGAAAUUAUUCGGGGGCUCCAUAGAAGAGUACCAAGAAGCUACCAAUCAAGAGAUACCGUUAAUAAUGCGGUCGUGCAUUAGAGUCAUUAACUUAUACGGUUUACACCAUCAGGGUAUAUUUCGAGUUUCUGGUUCUCAAGUUGAGAUUAAUAACUUUAGAGAAUGGUUUGAAAGGGGAGAGGAUCCUUUGGCGGACAUGACGGACGCGUCUGAUAUUAACAGCGUCGCGGGAGUUCUAAAGUUGUACCUUAGGGAGUUGAGAGAGCCGCUGUUUCCUAUUAUUUAUUUUGAACAGUUCAUGGAGAUUGCACAAUUAGAUUCUAAGAAGGAUUUCAUAGUAAGGAUGAAGGAACUGAUGCUGAGCCUGCCGCGCUCGGUUGUCGUGGUGCUAAGAUAUUUAUUUGCUUUCUUGAACCAUUUGUCGGAGUUCUCCGACGAGAAUAUGAUGGAUCCGUACAAUUUGGCAAUUUGCUUCGGGCCAACUCUAGUACCAGUGCCUGAAGAUAAGGACCAAGUACAAUACCAGAACCAAGUAAACGAGCUUAUCAAGAACAUUAUUUUAUUUAACGAUGAUAUAUUCCCCAACGACGGAGGCACUGUUUACGAAAAGUACAUCUCGCCGAAUUCCGAAGACCAGGACGUCGGUGAUUCGCCCGAUCAAACACAGGAAGAUAUGGAUUCCGAAGUGUACCCAUCGGAAGAUGAUUCAGAGAAUAUAGAAGCAACUGCACAAUUCGAUUUUAUAGCAAGAUCUGAUAGAGAGCUAUCUUUGAAACGAGGCGAUUCGAUCACCCUGUAUUCCCAAGUUUCAAAUGACUGGUGGAGAGGAACGGUAAAAGGCCAAGAAGGACUUAUCCCUGACAAAUACAUCUCGCUGAAAAUAAAGGAUGAUGACAGGGAUAAAAUCGGAUUAAAAUCGAGUUCCUCCGAAGAAUCGGUACAAAGAAGAACGCAAAGUUCGACAGAUUCCAUGCUAUCCGAUAAUUACACGUCUGUUAGUAGUUCUACAAAUUCGCCGAGUUUACCGUACGCACCAAUAACAUGGACUAAAGUGUCGGAUUUAGCAGACAGUAACGAAAGUCCGGCAGUUUUGUUAAAUCAGGCAAGAGAGAGUGCAACAACUUCAAAAUCACUUGAACUAAUCCAUGAUGCUCCAAUAGUAACAGAAACCGAAAAAUCCCCUUUAAUAGUUCACACGCACCAGGAAGAAGCUUCUGCACCACCCGAAACGCACAAAACGCCUACUCAAAGCGAAAUAGACGAAAGUAACGUGAAUUUCACAGAAAACCGCGAACUCUGGCAACGCCGCGCCAUUUUGGAUUCCACCAUCCUGGCUUCUCCGGUUCUGAAGGCCCACAGAUUGUCGGAGCCUCAGAUACAAAGACACAGCCACACGCCUGAUUUAGUAAUGGACCUGCCCUUAGUGGGUACCGCUGCUAGCAAGGAGCAGCUCACCAAAUCAGCCUCUACCCUGCCGCUGGUGGCAGCAGGGUUGGCCGAAACGCCGCCUGAAAAAGAGGUGAAGGCCAUCGAAGGCCCGUCAGGAGCCGAGAGUCCUGACAUGCAAACGGCCGCCGAGACGUUCGCCAAACAAAACCAAUGUACACUGAAGAAGAACAAAAAGAACCAUUUGUCGGAUGCUGCGGAGCUGGUGGCCAUAACCAGCCCCGUUCCCGAUAGGAAAUACGCUACAUUGGAGCCCAAUAUGACUUUGACGUCGACGUUCAAACCGCAGGGCGAUUCCAAGCCGUUGGUGCUCAAAAAACCUGUGUUUUCGAUGCCACCGUUGAGGUCUGUCUCGAUUGAAAUGAUGUGCAAAGACCCGCCCGAUCUUCCAACGUAA